AGUGUGCUAACGACGUAUCUCGUGCAACCCAUAAAUGAAGACUUGGAGACAUCCUUCAUUGGUUGCGUUAACGAUACACGUCUGAUUCAAAAUCAUCGCGCUAUCAGCUUUACUUUGGCUCCUUGAAUCAACUGAUCACUGGCCUACGGUUUCCGUUUGUAUUGCGAACGCCUGUGCCAUGUGGACGAUUGUGGGAUGUGUGCCGCUGGAUGCAGAAAGUCUUGCAACUCAUAUUUACCAGCCCAUCAGCCAUGCACCUACACUCGCAUGCCUUGAGACUGAAACAUGUCCCAUGCUCCUCACCCUCUCCUACUCAGCCUCAAGAAGCGCGAAGGCAUGCAGGCCAAGGUCGUGUAUCACGAGGACCUGACGGCUUUUGCGAGGGCGAAUAGUAGAUUUGUGUGGUUUGUCGAGAACAUUUUUGCAGAUUUCGUUAUUUCUGACAAACGCACGCAAGACUUGCCGCACACGUUAUCCUCCCAACGGAGGUAUAAAUUCGUGCGUGAUCGAGCUACCUCAUGGACAUACAGAUGCGGCGAUCAAGGACCUCAUUGGUGCGUGCAGUUCAUCCGGCACUUUGACACACUCAUCCCGACGUCAUUCGUAUCUGGAUCAUUCACGUCACCGUCUCCUGCAAUCCUAGGCAAGCUCGCUGAUUUGUUUGCUCUAAAGCGGUAUUGA